UAUUAUUGUUGUACAUAUUUAAAGCUACGAGAUUGAAGACAUACGUAUUUUUAUCUAACUACAUAGUUUUAACGAAGGAACGUCAACAAAUUAAAAUCAGACAAAUAAAUUAAAACGGAAGUAAUUUGUUACACUGUUCCCUACAAUAGCAACUCCCCUCUGCAACGGUUAUAUUCCUCUGACAAAUCUCUCAACGGUCAUAUUCUUUUUCCUUGUCCACCGUCUGAUUUUCUAAUCGAACGGUCAUAGAUCAAAGGUUCCUCCUCUCCCCUUUGUCCAACAUUAUCUUUACCAAGCCAUCAUUUGUUUCCCUCUAGAAGUGAAAAACUAGAAGAGGGGGGUUGUUUGUUUCACUCUCAAUAUAUAAAAUAACACAGUUGUUUAUGGGUUUUAGCUUUUUUGGGUAGUGGGGCUACUUCUUUUUCCUCAAUUUUUCUCUCUGGUGAUGACAAUGAUAAUGAUGAUGAUGACAGUUUGAUUUGUCUGUUUCUAUGCAUGUUUGAAGGUGUUGUGGUGGAAGGUUAAGGGGUGGUUUCUUGGGGGGUUGGUGUUGAUUUUUGUUGAGUUUUUUUAGGUUGAAUGUUCUUUGUGGGGUUGUUUAGAAUCUUGUUUUGUGAAAUGAGUAGCUCAAAGGUUCAAUUUUAAGGUGUUGAUUUUGAGUUUUAGGUUGGAUUUUCUUUGUGGGGUUGUUUGAAAUCUUGUUUGGUGAAAAGGGUUGCUCAAAGAUUCAAUUUUUAAGGUGUUGAUUAUCUUGUGGGGUUCUUUGACAUCUUGUUUAGUGAAAAGGGUUGCUCAAAGAUUCAAUUUUUGGUUAAGGUUUUAGCUUGGAUUUCUUGUGGGGUUGUUUGAAAUUUUGUUUUAAGAAAUGGGUCUCUCAAAGAUUCAGUUUUUAAGGUGUUGAAAUGGGAUUCUUGAACUCAAAGUUUCAGUCUGUAUGCAGCAUUUCUGGAAAAAAAUGUGUUCCAGAGUUUCAACAUUCAUGGUGUGAGUUCUUUUUCUUUCAGCUCUUUUGGAGACUAUGAGUUUUAUUCUAUUUUGAAAGUUUUGGAAUCCGAUGAUCGUUUUUUGGUAGGUGUUAAAUUGUUGAUAAUAGGAGAAUUCUUUCAAAUUCUUUGAUUCUUUCUAUUGGUGUAUGUGUAUUUGUUGCAUAUAGAAAUAUACAUAGGACACACAGAUAUAUCACAUUUUGUUUUUUUGGCAUCGGAUUCCAAUUUUUGUUAUUCUUGGAACCUCACACACACUCACAUAUAUAGACAUUGUUCUGUUUCUCUUGGAUCAUCUAUAGAAAGCAUUGACAAUAUUGUAUAUUUCAUAGUGAAAAUAUAUACAUUUAUAGAAAGAUAAGAGAGACAGAGACAUAGAGAAGAAAAGGGUGGGGUGAGUUGGAGUUGAAAAGAAAGAAAAAAAAGUUGGAAGGGUGUGAAUAAUGUUGGCUGGUUGUUCUUCUUCAUUGUUGUCACCUAGGCAUAGAUUAAGGAGUGAAGCAUCUGCACAGUUUCAGGCUUGUAAUUUCCCAUCAAUGAGCACACAAAGAUUGGACUUGCCAUGUAGUUUUGCUAGAAAAGAUACCUCAAGGUCCCAGGCUAUUAGGCCAGUAGGCCUUUCUGUUGAGAAGCCAAUUGAAGCCAAGAAUAGUAGUUGUUCUCUCAAGCAGAACAUUCGUCUACCGCCAUCCUCGACAAGUGCGCAGACAUCAUAUGUAGAAGGUAGAAGAGAAAGCAAAGAUGAAUUUUGGGAAAAAGGUAGGAGCUUGAAGAGGUAUGCUGAGCAGGGAUGUCUUGAUGAUGAGACCUGCAUGAGCAGAGCUAAGAGGAAAAAGGGAAAUAGGAAGUCAGGUGAUUGUUCAGAAGAAGGUUAUGGUCUGAGUUUGAGACAAUUGGGUGGUGGUGAUUUCUGGUUACAAUCGGGUUUCAACGUGGCACGAUCAGUUCCCUUAAUUGCAGGCCUUCAUCCACCUCAAGCAGCACCAUUCUCCUUUUCUUGUUCUGGAGAGGAAGAGAGUGUAUGUUAUGUGCCCAGUGAAGUGAUAUCACCACCUCCGCCUUUGUCAAACAAUCCUUGGAUUGAAUCUGUAGUGACUGAGAUUACUAAUUUUGGUGACAAGAAUGCCUCAACAAGUCAAGAUCUGGCCAAAGAGACCUCAGUAUCAAGUGCUUCAUUAGACAGUCAUGGCUUGGUUCUUAGGCCUAAUGAGAUUCCGGGGGAGCAUGAAGUAGGCAAUGGUUCUAGGCAGCCUAAUCCAAACGACAGGGGUGAAGUUGUAGCAGCGCAUAAUGGGCAUAAUAACCAUCGGGAGGAUGAUGCAGCUGAGCUGAUCAGCUUACUUGUGAGUUGUGCUGAAGCAAUUGGCUCAAGGAAUGUCACCGGUGUUAAUCAGCUGAUAGCUAGGCUAGGGCAGCUUGCCUCUCCAAGAGGGUCUCCAAUAAGCCGGCUAACUGCUUACUUCACUGAAGCUUUAGCUUUGCGUGUUGCUAGGCUUUGGCCUCACAUCUUUCACAUUGUACCCCCUCGGGACCUUGAUCGUUUAGAUGAUGAUAGCAGUUCAGCGUUAAGGCUGUUGAAUCAGGUUAGUCCAAUUCCAAAGUUCAUCCAUUUCACAUCAAAUGAGAUUCUGCUUAGAGCUUUUGAAGGCAAGGACCGGGUUCAUAUUAUUGAUUUUGACAUUAAGCAAGGGCUGCAGUGGCCUAGUCUGUUUCAGAGUUUGGCUUCUAGGCCAAACCCUCCCACUCAUGUUAGAAUUACUGGUAUAGGAGAAUCAAAGCAGGAUCUUGUUGAAACAGGAGAUAGACUUGCUGAGUUUGCCGAGGCAUUGAAUCUGGCUUUCGAGUUCCAUCCAGUUGUUGACAGGUUAGAAGAUGUAAGGCUAUGGAUGCUUCAUGUAAAAGAGGGAGAAAGUGUUGCAGUGAAUUGUGUAUUACAGAUGCACAGGCUUCUAUAUGAUAAUUCUGGGGGCAUCCUGAGGGACUUUCUGGGGUUGAUUAGAAGCACAAAUCCCACAAUUAUUUUGCUGGCAGAGCAAGAAGCUGCGCACAAUGAGCCUAGCCUGGACGCAAGACUCGUCAACUCACUCAGAUACUAUGCUGCUGUCUUUGAUUCUAUUGGUUUCAACCUUCCAUUAGACAGCCCUGCCAGGAUUAAGAUCGAGGAGUUGUUUGCUCGUGAGAUUAGAAAUAUCAUUGCUUGCGAAGGACGAGAUAGGACUGAAAGGCAUGAAUGUUUUGGGAAAUGGCGGAAUCUGAUGGAACAAGGGAGUUUCAGAUGCACAGGGAUUACAGAAAGGGAACUGCUUCAGAGUCAAAUGUUGUUGAAGAUGUACUCAUGUGAGGACUACAGGGUCACAAAGCAAGGGAACGACGAUGCUGCACUUACUCUGAGUUGGUUAGAUCAGCCUCUAUGCACAGUCUCCGCGUGGGCACCCAUUGAUGCUGCUGGAAGUUCAUCCUCUUAUUAUCAGCCAAGUUGAUUGAUUGGUCUUUUGUCGAAGCUCUUCAUUCAUUCAUAGACACAGAAGCAUUCUUCUUUUCGUACACAGGAAAAAAGUUAACAAAUUCUUUGUAGGUAGACUCAUUCUUUCAUUCUUUAUUGCAGAUAGAUUUGCCAAUCCAGUAAGAAAAAGAAAAUCCUUUAGAUAAAAAAAAUUGCCUAGGGUCAGGUACAGGUUUCUAGUUCCUCAGGGUUCAUUUUGUUUCUACCUUUGAUUUCAUAUUUGUAUUCAUUCUUUAUUCUUCUUGCAAGCUAGGUUUUCUUUAUAUUCAGUCAAUUCCGUCGAUGUAUUCUUUCAUUGGUUGUAAUUUGUUAUUGUUAUUCAUUCCAUUGUAGCAAGAUAUCAGAUAUUGUUUUUAAUGAAGUAAUUCUUUUAGUAA